UGCGCGCCGGCGGCGGCUCAGAGCGGGCGGCGGGCAGCGGCACCGCAUCCACCCGCCGCCGCUCCGCCUUUCCUGGAAGGCAGGAAUUCAGGAUAUUCCGGAAUUCCGUACCCCGUCUUAACAAGCCGCCUCGCUCCGCAGUCCCGUGCGCGGUGGGAAUCCGCGGAUGUUCCGCCCUCCGCGCAGCCCCGGGGGAGAGCCGCGGGUGGGCGGGCAGCCAUCCCCGGUCGCCGGGACAUCUUCAGACACUGAUUUGCAGAAGAUUGUGGAACACAGAGGAGCAGCUGAGAGUCCUCAGACCAUUUCUUGUCUUCUCUAAACUCAGAAAUUCGUCUUUCACCUUCUGCAGUUCAAGCCUUUCACCAUAAACUUUAAGCUUUACAUUUUCUGCCUGAUAACAAAUCACCCUCUCAACCUGUUGUUAUUUUAAGGGGCUGGGGAGCUGAACUCAAUAGCUGACCAGCAUGGCGAAGGUUAGAGUUGUUUUAACUGUUUGCCAGUUGGUGCUAGAAUUGUUACUGAAUUCUUUAACCGAGUCUUCCAUACAGAGUAACGAAUGUCCACAGCUUUGUGUAUGUGAAAUCAGGCCAUGGUUUACACCACAGUCGACGUACAGGGAAGCCACGACAGUUGACUGCAAUGACCUUCGAUUAACAAAAAUCCCCAGCAAUCUUUCUAGUGACACUCAAGUCCUUCUGUUACAAAGCAACAACAUUGCAAAGACCACAGAUGAACUCCAACAGCUGUUUAAUUUAACAGAAUUGGAUUUUUCACAAAAUAACUUCACAAGUAUCAAAGAUGUGGGGCUCUCAAAUCUCACUCAACUUACUACUUUGCACCUGGAGGAAAACCAGAUAACGGAGAUGACCGACUACUGCUUGCAAGACCUUUGCAAUCUUCAGGAGCUAUAUAUAAAUCACAACCAGAUCAGCAGCAUUUCUGCAAAUGCAUUCUCUGGCCUGAAGAAUCUUUUGAGAUUACACCUCAACUCCAACAAAUUAAAGGUUAUUGACAGCCGUUGGUUUGAUUCUACUCCUAACUUAGAGAUUCUCAUGAUUGGAGAAAAUCCAGUGAUUGGAAUACUAGAUAUGAAUUUUAAACCACUCUCAAAUUUAAGGAGUCUAGUUUUGGCAGGUAUGUAUCUCACAGACAUUCCUGGCAAUGCCUUGGUAGGCUUGGAUAGUCUUGAAAGUCUUUCCUUCUAUGACAACAAAUUGGUAAAAGUUCCUCAGCUUGCACUUGAGAAAGUUCCAAAUUUAAAAUUCCUGGAUCUCAACAAAAAUCCAAUUCAUAAAAUUCAGGAAGGUGAUUUUAAAAACAUGCUCAGAUUGAAAGAGCUUGGAAUCAAUAAUAUGGGAGAACUCGUUUCGGUUGACAGGUACGCGCUGGACAACCUACCUGAACUUACAAAGCUUGAAGCCACCAACAAUCCAAAGCUGUCUUACAUACAUCGUUUGGCAUUUCGCAACGUUCCUGCCCUGGAGAGCUUGAUGCUGAACAACAAUGCCUUGAAUGCAGUCUACCAAAAGACGGUGGAAUCCCUUCCAAACCUGCGUGAGAUCAGUAUCCACAGUAACCCGCUCAGGUGCGACUGUGUCAUUCACUGGAUCAACUCAAACAAAACCAAUAUCCGUUUCAUGGAACCUCUAUCCAUGUUUUGCGCUAUGCCUCCAGAAUACCGAGGACAGCAGGUGAAGGAAGUGUUAAUACAGGAUUCAAGUGAACAAUGUCUUCCGAUGAUCUCUCAUGAGACCUUCCCAAAUCACUUAAACUUGGACAUUGGCAUGACAGUGUUUUUAGACUGUCGGGCUAUGGCAGAACCCGAGCCAGAAAUUUACUGGGUCACUCCUCUCGGCAAUAAAGUAACUGUUGAAAGUCUCUCUGACAAAUACAAGCUGAGUAGUGAAGGCACCUUGGAAAUCUCUAACAUCCAGGUUGAAGACUCUGGGAGAUACACCUGUGUUGCUCAAAACAUAGAAGGGGCUGACACAAGGGUCGCUACUAUCCGGGUGAACGGAACGCUUUUGGAUGGUACCCAGGUUCUGAAAAUCUACGUUAAGCAAGCUGAAUCGCAUUCGAUCUUAGUUUCUUGGAAAGUUAAUUCCAACGUCAUGACUUCCAAUUUAAAAUGGUCAUCGGCCACUAUGAAGAUUGACAACCCUCACAUUACAUACACUGCUAGGGUCCCGGUUGAUGUACACGAAUAUAACCUCACGCAUUUACAACCGUCUACAGAUUAUGAAGUGUGUCUAACUGUGUCAAAUAUCCAUCAGCAAACACAGAAGUCUUGCGUUAAUGUUACAACAAAAAAUGCAGCUUUUGCGCUAGAUAUUUCAGACCAAGAAACCAGCACUGCCCUCGCAGCAGUAAUGGGAUCCAUGUUUGCUGUCAUUAGCCUCGCCUCCAUUUCUGUUUAUAUUGCAAAAAGAUUUAAGAGAAAAAACUACCACCACUCAUUGAAAAAAUAUAUGCAAAAGACCUCUUCAAUCCCACUGAAUGAGCUCUACCCUCCACUUAUUAAUCUCUGGGAAGGUGACAGUGAAAAAGACAAGGAUGGUUCUGCAGAGACCAAGCCAACCCAAGUCGACACAUCCAGAAGCUAUUACAUGUGGUAACUCAGAGGAUAUUUUGCUUCUGGUAGUAAGGAGCACAAAGACUUUUUUGCUUUAUUCUGCAAAAACGAGAAGUUGAAGACUUUUGUAUUUUUGACUUUGCUAGUUUGUGGCAGAGCGGUGAGGACAGGUGGAUAUUUCAGAAUUUUUUAGUAUAGCGUAUCGCAAUUGUUUGACACAAAUGGCAGCUUCACCUAGCUUCCAAUUCUUUUUUUUUUUUUUCUCCUUUUUUUAGUUAUUGUGCUAAACUUAAUGCUGUUCUAACUACAGUGCUGAAUAAAAUUAAUGAGAGGCUGGGGUUACCCUGUGAUUCAAAAGUAGCACAACCCCAUUCUUCUGAAGCCAUCAGUAGAGUACAGUAUCUUGCAAAGCUAACAUAUGGUUUUGAAACUGCAUUGAACUAGGUUUGUAACACUGGUCUAAGGACUCGUACACUGAGAAAAAGAGACCUUGAACGAUGUUAGUUGACUGUACUGUAAUGUUGUAUCAACUGAUUUGAAUGUUUUUGACUUUGAACAAUGAGUUUUCUUGUUUUCUUUUUAUUUUUGUAGUAGUUGAAAAGGCUUAGGUAAAGCUAACAGGCAAUAGAAAUAUGUACAUCCAAUUUUUUAAUGUAACAGACUAAAUGUUAAUCGUUCUCUUAUUCUUUUUAUUAUAUUUAGUAGACACUUUUGAAGAAUACUAGAGUUUUGUUGUGUUUAAAUCACCAACACAUGGUGUUUAAUGAAGGCAGAGCUAUAAUAAAUUUAGUUUUGUUCUGAUUUUUUAUUUUAGAAGUCACAAUAAUGUAUUGGGUUUAGAUGUCACUAGUUUGACUGGUGAUCAUGUUUUGACAUAAAAUAUAUCCAAAAUGUUGUAUAAAAAUAUUGUGGUUUUCUUCUUGAUGGAAUUACGUUUCAACAAAGUUCCAAUUUUUUUUUGUGUAUGCAUUUAUUUUAAUAGCAGUGUUUUCUCUGCACUAGAUGCAAAAUAUUGAAAAUAAUUUAAUCAGAAAAAUAUAUCGGUAUGGCUUUGGGACUGUAAGUCACAUGCAGAAUCAAAACUGUUUGGCAUAAGGUACACAGCAAAAAUAAUUCACAGAGUAUGUUACAAAACAUUUUCCUUUUUGUAUACUUUUCUGUUUAUAUUCUGAGCUAAGAUAUAAAUGAAGCUGACAUUUAGCUGUCAUUACGAUCAGUUAGGACAAAAAACAACAACUCAGUGCUACCAAACUGAAAUAAACCAGUUGAAUCCUGGCAUAUACUUAAAAAAAGAUGAAGUGAAUUGGAUUAAUGUUCCUUCAAAAGCAGAAAUUAAGAUAGCUAAAACUAACAAGAAAGUAAUAAGUUUGGGUCCAGUACUGAACUGUAUUUUUUACAGGCUUAAAAUUAACCAGUACUCUAAGUAUUUUACUGAAUUAAUAUGGUAAAAGUGCAAAACCUGAGAAAGCAGUGGCGUUUCUAUUUGUGCACUGGGUAUAAUAUAAAUGCAUAAUUUACAGUUGAACCUACAGAAGCUUUGUACGUUGUCUUUUCUGAAUCCAUGGAAGUUCUCCGCAGGGACUGCAGACAAGUCACAAGCAGGGUGGGUUUCUGGUCAAGUACGUGGUUACACUUAUACUAGAUACCUAAUCAGCAAGCACAGAAUUUUCUACACUUUAUGACCACUAUCAAUGUGCAACUUUUUAAAUGUUUUUACAUACCAAAUACAUUCUUGGUAAGUAAAAGUUAAUUGUUAAAAUAAUGGAUGUGCCUGGGUUUUGGGGUUGUUUGAAGUUUUUUAACUCACUAGCUUCUAAAAUAUAUCAAAGACCCCCCCAAAAUUUACAGAUAGCUUCAAACUUCUUUUUCCUCUUCAGCCAACUGUCUAAAAGUGAAAAAGUUAUCAGCAUAGUUUCACUAAUAAGCUGCUUUGGUGCAAAAACUUCAGUAUGUCUCUUGGAUAUAUGCCUUGUUGAUCUUGCAUUUCAACAUAAAGCUGAGUGAAGCUAUUAAUUAUGCAUUUAAAUCAAGUACUUAUGCUGCUAUAUACAAUCUUUUAUAUGUUCCUGAGAUCUCCCACAUUUUUAAUCAUGUGACAGUUAGAUGUUGGGAUUAGGCAAAUGUCUUUUGAUCAUGGAGAAGUAACAUGGUGGAAGCAUUUAUUUGUCACCUUCUCCCGUAUUUGUUUUUAAUGUUAAUGGAAAAUUUCUUCUUGCCUUCUUCUCCAGAGGAGCUUCAGAGCAAUAAUUAUCAUCUUGUCUAUAUGCUAUUCUAACCUUAAAACUGCCUCUAUUAUUAUAGCAGGCAUGGUGAAUUAAAACUGAGAUCUCUUUUGCAGUGAAGAUUCACUCUACUUUUUCCAGAGAAGAGGACACCGAGGACAAGGUUGACAGCAAAAUUAUGGCUUCCAACUUGUAUGGUGACAUAAAAUUGUCCUUAGAAAAUAACUAAUUGAACAGGUGUCAGACGGUGCAGAGCAAGCCCCCUUCUCCAUCAUCAUCUCCUCAGCUUCCUGCAGCACUUGUACAGCUGUACCAUAAAUACUCGGUAACAAAGAUCACGCAAAGCCCACCAGUCUCUGCUGGUGGAGACAGACCACACCGAGAACUUUGCUCUGCGCGUGUGGCUGGAUUUGUUUUCACCUGGCUAUCUUCUGCGGUUUGGGCAGUUUCAGAAACACAGUGACUGGCAAAAAGGAAGGUGGCAGGGACACGUGGCCACGGAGCAGGACAAAGCAGCACUCAGCAGUUUGAUCAGCAAUCGCCAACAGCAGCUGGGGGGUACGGCAAGGAAAGCAAUGUUUAACAUGUUCCUUUCCAUUGGGGAAAUAACGGGCCUUUUGUUCCCUACAGACCUAUUUGGCAGUUUUAUGUCAUUUGUUAUCAUUUUAGAGCAAUGUUGUUGAAGAACAGCAGGAGAAAAUGGCUUUGUGACAGCCAUACACUUCUCCAGGACGUGCUGAUCUGCACUAUUUCAGGGUAGCUGAUGUUGCUGGGACUCCAGGAGAGAGAGAUCCAGGUUACCCGGGAACAGCUAAGCAGCAAGAAGCACCUAGUUAACGCAGUAUAUUCUGCACACACAGCCACCAGUCAUAAGUAUUUUCAGCCUUGUAGUCUGACCCCUUAGAAUUCUGUAGAGAUCCCCUGGAAAUUUAAAAUUUUGCUAAUAAAAGAAAAAAAGUGGGUAAAGGGAUUAAGCACUUAUGGCAUGUAAUCUUAGUGAAUAACCUUCAACCCUGUGCCACCAAUUUUGUGCUUGCAGUUUAUUGUGAGCAAAAAUAAAAAUACUCUGCCUAAUUGCCUUCAAAAUGUAUUUGCAUCCACUAUUCACUGAAGACAAAAAACCACCCCCAGUUUGCUCAGAAUCAGAGACUGAGACUGGCCACUUUAAAAACAGGAUGGGGAAAAAACAUUGUUAUCUUUCAUUUGACUAACAGUUUAGAAAUGCUGUGUAAGAACAGAUAUUUCAUACCCAACUAAACUUCUGCAGUGUUACUUCCACUUGGUUGCCCAAUAAUAAAAUAUUUCAGUCCCCUGAAGAGUAAAUAGCUCACUCAAGUGUGGUUUGCAGUAUUCCAGCUAAAUCCACUUUUCAUUUCCUCACCUAAAUCAUAAUAUCCUAUUGGACCGAGAGAAGAUAUUUUCACCCACGAACCAACUCAUACUGGACGUGGUCUUGGAAUAAAGUGCACAAAUGCACCGAUACUUUCAUAGAGCUACGAUCUGCCCUCCAGCCCUGCCUCGUGAGCAUGUACUCAUUUAGCUGCCAACAGUUUGGACCACUGGUUUCAUAAACGGGUUAAAACUGGAAAGAGGUCAGCUAAUCUGAGGUCCACUGAGAAGUGCAUAAACUUGCCCUAUUACCACUGACAAGCUGGGAUGUAAGUGAUAAAAUGAGCAUCUUUUGGAGUUCAAAUUAGGCAACUCCUUUUGCUUUGUGCUGGCGAGCUUGAAAACAAGACUGAGGACAAACCACCGCAAUAAAAUUCCCGAAAUUAAGUGGGAUAAGCAGCUGGGGGCUACUUCUGCAACAUCUCCACCACAGCCGAUGCACCCUGUAUGGGAACAGGACAAUUCACUUGGGGCCUAUCUCUUUCUAAUCAUCUCGCCAUCCUGCAAAGCAUCGCGAUGGACGCGUGCACAACGGGCGACUCGUGGUGGAAAAGCACACAGGCAUAUGGGACGGGUGCCAGAGGAGCUGUUUCCCAAUCCGCCCAACACACUAGGAGUAGCUGUUCGUUACACUGUGACGCCGCCCCACGACCCACCACUGAAAUGAAUGCCAUGAAUUUCUGCUGCAACUGGAAUUUGCCUUCUCACGCUCACCGUGCCGACAGCACAACCGCUGCAGCCCCAGCGCCCACAGCUACGGAAACCCCAGACCGAAGGGCAAGGUGAAUGUGCUACCACUGAACUUCUUUCUUCAGGAAAACCCAGAGUGCCUGAGCUGGAGAUAUCAAACGCUGUUACACACAGUCCUUGUUAAAAUACCGGCACUGUGUCCCUGCAAAAAAAAAGAUACUACCGCUACCAAAACCCCUAGAUAACAUUUCUUUGCAGUGUCAUACAGAAGAGAAUGUUUUGUGUUUCGCCUGAACUGUCAACCUUUUAAUCUUCUCCUUUUCUGCUCUUUCCAACUAUUGCUGUUUUUUACAUUUGAGAACUUUUAUCCACCCCCUCUCAUACAUUUGCUCUGUAGCCAGCUUCUCCCUGGUCUCAUCCUGCCCCAUGCCCUUCUGCCAUUCAAGGGCAAAUCCUUUACAGCCUUGGUCAUCACGAGAUCUCAAGAGAUUACACGAAAGGACUUUUAAUUUGUACUUAACUUUGCAGUUACCUGUUUUCUCCGCCAACCUUCUCCCCUUCACCUAAUUCUUACCCUGUUUUUCUUUCAGCCGUUUCCCCUUGGAGACCUCAAUUGCCGUUGCCUGUCAGUAAGAGUCAGAUCAAGGAUGCGAUUCCAGCAGGCAGCGUUUCAGUGCUACCCUGCCGCCUCCCCAUUUACUGCUAAUGCACAGAACUUUCGCUUCCACUUAGCAAACCCCCUAAAUGUCUUCCUGCUCCAGUUCUCUACCCGCCCUUAUUCGUGAGCACAUUAUGACCCUCUGUUAUGUUUUCUACUGGUAUGAAAGCAACAAAAGACUAAGUUUUUCUUUUUAGUAAGGUAAAGGAGAUUUACCAUAAGAUUUGUACUAUUGUAUAUUUAUGUCAAGUAGACCAAAGGAAUGCUGAAUCAUAAUAAAAGCAUCGUAACAGUUUUUGAAAUACAUGAAAAUAAAUACUUUGGAAAACUGGAAUUGGUCAUUAAGUAAAAUUUUCAAAAGCAACUAAAUGACUUAAGAGCUUACAUUUAAUUAACUUCAGUGGUAUGUUAGGUUCAAAAUGAGGUAAAUGAGAUUUUUCUCGAGUGCGUCUGGAAGUAUUAACUUUCCUUAAAUUCUGAACAGUUGUGAAACAUUUUCUGUGGAAUUUUAUAACAUGGAUUUUUUUCAAAAAUCACUUCAAACCAUAAUUUUGAUAUCAGUUAUGGGGGUGGGGGGAUGAGAUUUAAAUCCUGUCAUCCUCAGUGGAGUUACUGAUUUGCAGUGAUCUAAAGAAGGUCUACAUCUUCAAAAACUGCAGUUCCAGGUUUCUGCUCACAACUAGAGCAAAAGUUCUUGGCAGGUUUUUUAAACAGUAGCUUUUCCUACUGCAGCCUACUCUGCUGGACUUGAUUCCAAGCAGGAAUUAAUGUAUCAGAAAAGAUCAGGGUGGGGAACAAAGAAGAUCGAUCACUGGAGUAUUGCCUACUUUCAGUUUUGAAUAAGACCAUUUAAUGCGAACAACCCCAAAGACUGCCGUGUGUUUAAGGACUGUGCAGCCUAAUAAUGCAGGUCAUUUACAAACCCAUUGCUCUAAAAAAUGAACAAGAGAAAGUGUUCAUGACUAAUUUUUUUGGUUUCAGGUAUGAAAUUACCCUUUUAUCCUUCAUACUCCAUUUGAAGAGUUCUCUGUAAUAAUAAAAAAAAAGGAUCCUACAUCCUAUACUCAAUUACAUGUUUGUCUUUCACUGCAAAUCAAAGCACACCCAGGGAAUACAGAUGUACAGCCAGCUGCUGCAGCCUGGAAUGAAUGCUUUCAGUGAGACUAGGAAGAAAAAAACCCAAUCCACAUGUUUGAAGUUUAAAUGGUGACACAUCAUUCACAUGGCUACAUACUGAGGCUGCCGUGGCAUGCACCUCUGAAAGUCACAGUCCGUAACCAGUAACAGAUUAUGGAUGUAUGUUACCAUUUUUCUAAAAAAUAAACACGUUGUCACCUA